CGAGACGAGUCAACAAAACAAGCGUGGGGGCUGCAGCUAAGUUAGCUUGGUUAGCUUUGGUAAAAAAAAAAAACGCUACACAAGAUGCUAAAAUGCCAAUUUGCUGGCUUAUCAGCGAGGAAGGAAAUCACAAGCCAAUUCAGCUGCCUCACCUACAGGCAGUUGUCCUGGGUCGAGGUCCAGAAACGACUAUUAAAGACAAAAAAUGCUCCCGGCAGCAAGUUGAAUUGAAAGCAGAAUGCAAUAAAGGUUACAUCAAAGUUAAACAGCUGGGCUUGAACCCCACCUCCAUACAGUCUGUGGUGGUGGGUAAAGGCAACGAGGUGAAAAUGAAGCCUGGGCAGCGGCUUCAUAUUGUCAAUCAACUCUACCCAUACACUGUACAGUUUAAGGAGGACACCAGCGGCAACCACAGCAGUACCAAAAGACCACGAGAGACCACCUCAGAGGACAGAGAGAGCCACAGAGAAGCUCCGAGUAUGAAAGCAGCCAAACAGCCAGAGAAGGCCUCUGAAGCCAUCAACCACGGAGAAGCCACAAAAACAAGUGAAGGUUUUGGACACUGGAGCCAAGGCCUGAAGAGUUCAAUGCAGGACCCCAAGAUGCAGGUGUAUAAGGAUGAUAAAGUGGUAGUAAUCAAAGAUAAAUACCCCAAAGCUCGCUACCACUGGCUGGUCCUCCCGUGGCAGGCUAUUUCCAGUCUGAAGGCCCUGGGGGAUGAGCACUGUAAUCUGGUAAAACACAUGCAGAAAGUUGCUGACCAGAUGGUUCAGCAGUGCCCACAUGCGGACACGCUACGCUUUCGCACAGGAUACCACGCCAUCCCCAGUAUGAGUCAUGUACACCUCCAUGUGAUCAGCCAAGACUUCGACUCUCCUUGUUUGAAGAACAAAAAGCACUGGAACUCAUUCACAAGUGACUAUUUCAUUGAGUCUCAAGACAUCAUCCAGAUGCUUGAAACAUACGGAAAGGUCACUGUCAAAGAAGGCAUGAGUGAGUUGUUGAAACUACCUCUCCGCUGCCACAUGUGUCACAAAGAGCUUUCCACCAUACCAGCGCUGAAGGAACAUCUGAAGUCUCACUUUCCCAAAUGAGAUAUAAACUUGAAAAUGACAUUAUUUUCUUUCAGUUAAGUCAUGAUUCAUGGCUUCAUAGAACAUUGAAAAUGUUUCAUUAAAAGUUAAUUAUGGUAACACAAUGUCCACCUACAGCUUUAGUUGCACUUUCAGAGUAUUUGUUUGUGAGCAGCGUCACUGUGAAGAUAUGCAGUGUAUUCUAAUCAUGUUGGAUGUUGUUUGUUUUAUUCUACAUGUCAGGGCAAGACAGUCCUGAUGUUAUACCUAUUGUUUCUACAUUUUCAAACAUGUAUAAAUAUGUUGCAUUAAAUGUUUUGUAAGA